UGCAGAACUUCUCAUCUUGUUUUACAAUAAUUACCCCGAAAGGCUUUCUUCUUUCUCGUGAAUGCAUCUAUUCCAUUGACUUAUUUCAUUGGAACAGAUCUUCAUCCUUUCAUUCUUCUCCACCAUCUGACCUUUUCAUCGUUGUGAUCUUCAUAUCUCCAAACGAGGAAAGUAGUUGUCAGUCAGAUUCAAUCUUGUCCGCUUAAAAGCAUCCAUGCAAUACCUCCUAAGACGUGUGCCUGGUCAAGCCCGUCAUCAAAUCGGUGCUACUUCCCAAUCAUCAACAACAACAGGAAGAAGUGGAAUUCAAAUCGGAUUACAACAACAACUACAACAACAAAAGCGCAAUAUGAUCUUAAGAGCAUCAACAACCGCAAACGGAACUGGUCCUCUUUGGGCAGGUCAAAAUUCUUUACCUUCCCUUCCUGUUCCUCCUUUGGAAGAAACAAUUCCCAAGUACUUACGUACAACAUUACCACAUCAAGAUGCUUCCUCGAAAGCUGUCACUGAAAAAGCAGUAGAAUCUGCCCUAAAAGGAAAAGAUGCAGCUUUGUUCAAACAACUACAAGAACGUUUGGUCGCACGCAGCAAAGAUCCCGAAAGUGACGGUAACUGGCUGGCUGCUUGGUGGAACGAUGCAGCAUACAUGGGCUAUCGUGACCCAGUCGUACCCUUUGUGAGCUACUUUUAUAUUCACAAAGAUGAUCUUGCCCGUCGCACUUAUGCAACUCGGGCUGCCAGUCAAUUAAAGGCAAUCCUUCGUUUCCGUGAUUUGGUAGAAUCGGAGCAAUUGGCUCCCGAGAAGAUCAAGACUGGUCCUUUGUGUUCCGGAUCAUACCCUUGGAUGUUCAACUCUGUUCGUAUUCCUGAAAUUCCUCUGGAUCAGGCUAAAAAAUAUCCAUCAGCAGAAAACAAUCACGUUGUUGUUUUGCACAACGGACGCUACUUUGAAUUCGAAGUGCGUCAUAACGGCGAAGAAUUGAGCGCAAAGGAAAUUGAAGCACAACUGGAAAAGAUUGUUACUUCUUCGCCCGAACCAUCUGCUUUCCCCGUAGGCGCUCUCACUUCGCAAAAUCGUGAUGCAUGGACACAUGGUCGUGAAGCAUUGCUCAAGGUUGCAGGCGCUGGAGCAGAACAAAACAAAGCUACUCUACAACGCAUUGAGAGCAGUAUCAUUGUUAUCUGCUUGGAUGACCUCAAACCUCAUACAACAGAAGAACGUGCAUGGGAAUACUGGUGGGGUGAUGGAAAGAACAGAUUCUAUGACAAACAACAAUUGAUUGUUUCGCAAAACGGAAAGACUGGAUUCAUGGGAGAACAUUCAACAAUGGACGGUACACCAACUUUACGCAUGAAUGACUUUGUCUUGAGCGGUAUUGCAGCAAACAAGAUUGACUUUGGAACUUCUUCACGUACUGAUUUACCAGCACCCAAAGAAUUGACUUUCGUUUUGGACCAAAAUGUAGAGGGAUUGGUGACAAAAGCUAUUCAAGACUUUGAGGCAUUGAAAUCAGAACAUGAUUUGGCAGUUUUGGAAUUCACCGCAUACGGUAAAGAAGCCAUCAAGAAGUUCAAGUGCAGUCCUGAUGCAUGGGCACAAAUGGUGUUGCAAUUGGCCUACUUCCGUUUGAUGGGCAAAGUUGCACCAACAUAUGAAAGUGCACAAACUCGUAAAUUCAAAUGGGGUAGAACGGAAACCAUUCGCAGUUGCAGUCCUGAAAGCAAAGCAUUCUGUGAAGCAAUGGAGAGCAAUGAUGUUUCGGAUGAAGAACGAUUUGAGAAAUUCCAAGCGGCAUGCAAACAGCAUUUGAACUAUGCUAAAGCAGCGGCAGAUGGACAUGGAGUUGAUAGACAUUUGUUCGGAUUGAAGAAGCUAUUGAAAGAAGGAGAAGAAUUGCCAGAUUUAUACAAAGACCCUAUGUUUGGCGAAAGUGGAACGUGGAGAAUGAGUACUUCAAACGUUACAUCUGAAUCAUUUGACGCUUGGGGAUUCGGAGAAGUUGUUCCAGAUGGUUUCGGAUGUGCAUAUGCAAUCAAAGGUGAAUCCCUAACGUUCUCAUUCACAAGUCGCAAGCUUGGUGCUUCUCAUUUACGUCAUUACGUUCAACAAUCCGCUUUGGAUUUGCGUGAUAUGCACGUUCGUUUGGCUAACAAGCAAAGCGGUGAAGGAAAGCCAAAACUUUGAUGCGGUGGGG